GUUUUUAAAUUUGCCGGAAGUCUACAGUGUACUUUUAUUGUCUUGCUUGACUUCGCUCAACAAGCACACUGGAAACUGCAAUCUAUCGCAAGUUUUAAUUAUUUACUUGUGCUUUGGCCAAUGUUGGUCCUUUGUCAUAUUUGUAGUUGUCCUUUUUAAAGGAUACCCUUUAGGAGUACCCCGAUUGGACCGUGUGCAUCUCGUCAUCGCCGUUGUGUUGCUACGGCACAUUAACACACAACAGGACAGUUACACACAACAGCGGCAUGUUCAACCCACACAUUCAUCACCAGCAACAGCAACAGCAGCAGCAACAGUUUCACCAACACCUGCGGCAGAUCCAGCAACUUUUCCAGCAACAGCCUCCACCUCCGCCUCCGCAGCCUCCCCAACAACACCAUGUUGCGCAUCACCACCACCACCAGGCUCAGCGGGCCAUGCAAUCCCAGAAUGCCCCUUCGACCAGGAUGGUCAACAUGUGCCAGGCUACACAGACCACAAUCAUCGCACCCAACCCCAUGUUGCAGGGAGCUCUGCUGAUGCAACAAUUGCAAGGUAACAUGCGAGGCUUUGGGAUGGGCGGUCAGCAAUUCCGGCAGUUCUUCUCGGCCGGGGCCAGGUCCUCUCUGCUGGGGCCCGUUCCCAUGGGCAUGACCAUGAAGUCCCCCCUCAUGGGAUACCCCGCAGCACGCCACUUCCACCCGCACCAGCGCUUCUACAACAACAACAACGCAAACACCUCCACCAGCAUGGACUAUCGGCAGCAAGACAGGAAGAGGGACAACGAGCAGAGGGCGGCAGCGAGCGCCAACGGCCAAUCAGUAGCCAGCAUUACAGCAGACACCAGCGAUAAGGCGGAGCCAGGUGGACCAGCAGCAGCAGAAGGGGAAGCCGGUCAAAGCACGACGUCAGUGGUGGACCUUACAGACGAGCCGGCCGUGAAGAAGCCGAGGACCGAAGGGUCAGAGGAGCCAACCACCAUCACUUUAGAGAGUGACAACUCAGCAGAGGAGGGCGACUGCUCCAUUGUGGAAGAGAUUUGUUCCGAGGUCCUCGAAGGAACCGAAGAGGCCGGAGACGCAGAGCUGAGUGACGAGUGUUUAGCGGACGACUCCGUACUGGAGGAGGCGCCAGAGGACAUGGACGCCUCCGCACAGGACAGCCAGGAGGACACCCUGGAGGGGACUAACAAGUUCUACUGCUACCUCUGCAGCAUUACCUGCCACAGCCAGCAGAACUUCCGCAGUCACAUGAACGGCCUCUCCCACCAGCAGAGGAUGAUGGAGAUCCAGCACAUGAGUAAUGCCUGUCUGGUGACGCUGCUCCCGCGCGUGCAGGACUCUCUUCAGGCGGCCCACAAAGACGGUAAGAAAAGAGCCGAGCCUCUGCACUGGUGUCCGAGCUGUGGACUUCAUCUGACGUGUGGAGCCACUGACCACCGCUGCAACAAGGAACACCAGCAACUUGGCAGCCUGGCUGGACCGACCUGCACGGUCUGCAGGAAGACCUUCAAGACCCCCCAGCUGUUUGUGGAACACAUGCGGUCCCAGCAGCACAAACACCGUGUGGAGGAGGGGAAGCAGGGUUUCGGGUCCUUGGACCACAAAGAUGGCUGCGACGUGGAAGGGGAGGAGAGGGACGCGACCCAUGGCUGCUAUCAACUGGAUGACCUGUCGUCCCAGACAGAGGUGACCUUGGAGAGAAUGAGUACGGAUGAGGAGUUCAAGACUGAUACGGUGUAUGGCUCUCGUUUCCUAGUACCAGUGGCCGGCUUCCUCUGUCGCCUCUGCAACAAAUUCUACCACUUUGAAUCCUCUGCAUUACACUCCCACUGCAAGUCUCUCACACACUUUGAGCACCUCAAGAAGUACAAAGCCUUGAAGAGCAGCCAGCAGGACGGGCCCCCCACACCCAGCAGUUCUGAGGACCGUCUCCGGCGCCAGACUGAACCCGAGUGCUUGGAGGGUACCGCUAACCCCGCUGCCUCCAGCGACCUGGGUGUGCCGGAACCAACAGUUGAACCCCAGGAGAGUCGACCGGCCGUUGCCCCCCAGGAGAGUCGACCGGCCGUUGCCCCCCAUGCCUCCGUGUCAGAGGACCCCCCUAUGCUUACCGACGAGGACGAGGAGAAGCUGCUGUCCCAGGAUCCAUCGGAGCUGCCUGGCGCAACCGAGCCUGUGCCGGACUGUAACCAGGCGAAACCGGCUGGUGAUUCAUUGGCCGAGGAGGCACCUGCAGAUGCCCCGUUGGCUGUUGAGGCACCGGCUGAAAAGCCAUUGGUUGAGGCGGCGUCGGCGGCUGGCGCACUAUUCGCUGAGGACACACAAGCUGACCCGCAGUUGGCCGAGUUUGCGCCAGAUGAUGCCCCAUUGGCUGAGGAAGCUCCUGCUGAUGCGCUAUUGGCUGAGGAGAAGCCGGCUGAUGCGCCAUUGGUGGAGGUUGCGCCGGCGGAGCCACUAUUGUCUGAGGAGGCAACAGCUGAAGAAGAAGAAGAAGCAGCAGCAGCAGCGGAGGAGGAUAAGGAAACACCAGGGAAGAAGACAAGCACAGGAAAGGCGAAAGCUGCCCCCAAGAGAAGGUCAAGGAGACGCUAGAAGAGUCUAACCUUGAGAUGAGAAACUCAACAAAUUACUACCUUGGGACUGUUUGAUAUUUUUCCUUUUUGUUAUCUUCUUUUGUUUGUUUCAUAUGGAUUGCUGUUCUGGAUAUCCCGUUUUUAUGUAACUGAGCGUCACGACAUUUGGUGGGACGCGGAUUGUCACCCACAAAGAUAUAGGUUUUCUAACAGGCAUUCAGCAGGAGUGUGGCUUGAGCUUGUGGGAAAGUAGGAAAUUAACAUUCAACACAUGAGGUUUAGAAUUCAUUGGUAAACCAGUUUACAGACUAGUUUGGCCACAGACUAGAAAUGCAGACCGGGCCCAAAGUAGCAUAUGAGGCAGCUUGCAGUGACUUUGUUGUACUUCUUGUUACAAAAUAAUUUGAGAAAACCUUACUCUCGUAUUGGGUCUAUAUCUGACGAUGAAACCAGCUCUAAAUGUUAAGACUUUGGAUUUGAAGGCUUACCGUGAAUAAGAAGGAGCCUGUAAUGUGUGUGGUUACCAGAGCUGGUUUAGUAAGUGUGACAUUUGGUGAACAAAGUGGGAAUAAAAAAAUAUGAAAUAUAAUUACAA